AAGGGAAGCAGGGGAUUUUUCACCUGGAUUUGGAUGGAUUGGAAGUGAGUGUACUAGGAUGGGGGGGAGGGCAAUCUUCAGGAGGAAGCUGUGGAGACUGCAGGUUACUUUGGGAGUGACAGAAAGGGACGUUUUGUUUAGGGCGGUGCAGCUCUGACCUUGCCAGGCCCAUGGAGGAGCAGGAAUGGGAGGAACAGCUGCAGUCAGGAAGAUUAAAGACGGUAAAAUCGUCCUGAUAUAAAUAAUCGCAUAAUCAGAAGAAUUAAUACCAGGGCUAAUUGUACAGUAGGGAGGAAAUGGGCAAGGUUAUCGACGGUGCGUACAACUGGAGGACGUCUGAUUUGGCAAGAAGUGGGAUCAAUCCUGAGAAUGGAGGGGAAGGUCGGAGAGGGGUGAUGUUACACAACUUUGAGAAAGAGGGUUGCCCACCCCUGCCACAAUGGCCUCUGGGGUGGAAGUCCUGCGCUUCCAGCUGCCCGGCCACGAGGCCGCUACCCUGCGGAACAUGAACCAGCUCCGCGCAGAGGAGCGGUUUUGCGACGUGACCAUUGUGGCCGACAGCCUCAAGUUCCGUGGCCACAAGGUCAUACUGGCCGCGUGUUCGCCUUUCCUGAGGGACCAGUUCCUGCUGAACCCCAGUUCCGAGCUGCAGGUCUCACUGAUGCACAGUGCGCGCAUCGUGGCGGACCUGCUCCUCUCCUGCUACACCGGUGCGCUGGAAUUCGCUGUCAGGGACAUCGUCAACUACCUGACGGCUGCCUCCUACCUGCAGAUGGAGCACGUGGUGGAGAAAUGCAGGAACGCCCUCAGCCAGUUCAUUGAGCCCAAAAUAGGCCUCAAAGAGGACGGGAUCAGUGAUGCCAGCCUUGUGAGCAGCGUCAGUGCCACCAAAUCCCUCCUCCCUCCUGCCAGGACCCCAAAGCCAGCCCCCAAGCCUCCACCCCCACCCCCUCUGCCCCCUCCACUCCUGAGGCCUGUGAAACUGGAGUUCCCUCUGGAUGAGGACCUGGAGCUGAAGGCCGAGGAAGAAGAUGAGGAUGAGGACGAGGACGUGUCUGACAUCUGCAUCGUCAAGGUGGAGUCGGCCCUGGAGGUGGCCCACCGGCUCAAACCUCCUGGAGGUCUGGGGGGAGGCCUGAGCAUCGGAGGCUCCGUGGGCGGCCACCUGGGAGAGCUGACCCAGAGCAGCGUGCCCCCCAGCACUGUGGCCCCACAGCAGGGUGUAGUGAAAGCCUGCUACAGCCUCUCAGAGGACGCAGAGGGGGAGGGUUUGCUGUUGAUCCCUGGAGGCCGGGCCAGCGUGGGAGCCACCUCAGGCCUGGUGGAGGCAGCAGCGGUGGCCAUGGCUGCCCGGGGGGCGGGGGGCAGCCUGGGGGCAGGGGGCAGCCGGGGACCCCUGCCUGGGGGCUUUUCCAGUGGAAACCCCCUAAAAAACAUAAAGUGCACCAAGUGCCCGGAAGUAUUCCAGGGUGUGGAAAAGCUGGUCUUCCACAUGCGGGCGCAGCACUUCAUCUUCAUGUGCCCGCGCUGCGGCAAGCAGUUCAACCACAGCAGCAACCUCAACCGCCACAUGAACGUGCACCGCGGCGUCAAGUCGCACUCGUGUGGCAUCUGCGGCAAGUGCUUCACGCAGAAGUCCACACUGCACGACCACCUCAACCUGCACUCCGGAGCCAGGCCCUACCGCUGCUCCUACUGCGACGUGCGCUUCGCUCACAAGCCUGCCAUUAGGCGGCACCUCAAGGAGCAGCAUGGCAAGACCACAGCGGAGAACGUGCUGGAGGCCAGCGUGGCGGAGAUCAAUGUCCUCAUCCGCUAGAGCUAGCAGAGCAGGCUCCAAGGCCCAGCGGCGUGGGGUGGGGGGGUCCCUGGGCUGAGUGUGAAGGGAGCUCCCUGGCCCAGGAGAAUAGAAUAGGGGAUGGGAGGGUUGGGAACAGGCAGGUACGCUGGGGAACCCUAGCAGACACAUCCUGAGAGAGGGGCCGAAGAUUCCUUGGACAGAAGACCCUGCCUUUUCAGAAAGAAAAAAAAAAAAAAAAAAACGAAUGAGAGAGGGUUCUUUGAGAAGGCCAAGGCAAUAUGGGCUCCCAGAGAAAAAUUUUCUUCUCUUA